AAGGGAAGAAAAAAAACGGUUUCGAAGUGUAGUACAGCAAUUAAAGCUUAUUCUUUUUCCUUCUGUUUUUUUUUCUUUUUCUUUUUUACACUUUGUACUUUGUAGUACCGCAUACUUUAACUCUGUGUUGUACUACAAUUCAAGUUCAUGAAGUGUUGAAUGAUUUGGCAUGUACUUUUUUUUCCUUUUUUAGCAAAGGCAUAAAUAUCGGACUGUGUUGCAAAUCUUUGCUCGAGAUGUCUCCUUUGUGAGAUUGAUUCUUACAAGAAUUUCAAAGCCUUUUGUGGGUUUGUGAGAUUAUUUUAAUCUCACUUUAUUGGCUCAUUUUUUUAGUUUGCUCAUCACUAGGUUGUCACUCAAACCUGCAUGCACGCCAAAAUCAUUUUUUGUAAUUGUAGGUCUAUAACGACAUUUGCAGGUUUUGGAUUCUUCAUUUGGGGAAGGUUAUGCAUGUCUCACUUUUGUCUUCUCUGAAACAUUUGAGGAUUAAAGUUUUGCUGCGACAUAGUUUUCCAUUUGUAUCACCCUGUUAGUGAGCUCCAUUCUUCUAUAAUCCGAAAGGAAAAUUUGAGAGAUUAAUUUGAUGGGCACUAUGAACAAUAAUGAAGAACUCGAUGGCAUUCAGAAUUGUGACAAUGAUGACAUUGAAAAAGCUGGACUUGAGGAGCUAGAGGAGCAAAGUGGAGUAGCAUCAUGGACAAGGCAAAUCACAAUUCGAGGACUAAUAACUAGCUUCAUCAUUGGUAUCGUCUAUAGUGUGAUUGUGAUGAAGCUGAACCUCUCAACAGGGCUUGUUCCGAAUCUUAAUGUUUCAGCAGCUCUCCUUGGCUUUGUGCUAGUUCGAGCUUGGAUCAUGCUUCUUGAGAAAGCUAAUGUUGUGUCAAAACCUUUCACUAGACAGGAGAAUACCAUAAUUCAGACUUGUGCCGUUGCAUGCUAUAGCACUGCUUUUGGAGGUGGUUUUGGGUCACACCUCUUGGGUUUGAAUAGGAAGACAUAUGAGCAAGCAGGGGUUGAUACAAAGGGGAAUACUCCUAUCACCAAGGAGCCCGGCAUUGGCUGGAUGACAGCCUUUCUCUUUGUGACAUACUUUGUCGGGUUAUCAGCAUUGAUUCCCCUUAGGAAGAUGAUGAUCAUAGACUACAAAUUGACUUAUCCAACUGGAACUGCUACAGCUGUUCUUAUUAAUGGGUUCCAUACUCCUAAAGGAGAUGAGAUGGCCAAGAAGCAGGUCCAUGGUUUCUUGAAAUUCUUCUCAUUCAGUUUCCUUUGGUCUUUCUUCCAAUGGUUCUAUGCUGGUGAUGGAGAUCAAUGUGGAUUCUCUCAGUUUCCUACUUUUGGAUUGAAAGCGUGGAAAAACUCAUUUUACUUUGACUUCAGCAUGAAUUAUGUUGGAGCAGGAAUGAUUUGUUCCCAUCUUGUCAACUUAUCCUUGCUUCUUGGUGCCGUGCUCUCUUGGGGUGUUAUGUGGCCAUUGAUCAGAGGACUAAAAGGACAAUGGUUCCCUGAGAGUUUAUCAGAAAGUAGUAUGAAGAGUCUUAAUGGUUAUAAGGUUUUUAUUUCCAUUGCCUUAAUCCUUGGAGAUGGGCUCUACAAUUUUGCCAAAAUUUUGCUUUUUACUGCUACAAAUAUCCAUGCCAGCAUGGAAAGGAGGAAUCAUAAAUCACUUUCAAUUUCAGAUAUCCAGAAGCAGCAGCAGCCUCUUGAUCUUAAACGCAAUGAAGUGUUUGUAAGAGAAAGAAUUCCUAUAUGGUUAGCAUUUACAGGAUACAUACUGUUCUCUGCCAUUUCUAUCAUAAUUAUCCCUUUGAUUUUCCCUGAAGUGAAGUGGUAUUAUGUGGUGGUUGCUUAUCUGCUUGCACCAACUCUUAGCUUCUGCAACGCUUACAGUGCUGGCUUGACCGACAUGAACAUGGCCUAUAACUAUGGGAAAGUGGCUCUCUUUGUGCUAGCUGCCUUAGGCGGGAAAAGCCAUGGCGUGGUGGCCGGACUUGUAGGGUGUGGCGUGAUCAAAUCUCUUGUUUCCACCUCAUCCGACUUGAUGCAAGAUUUCAAGACCGGCCACCUCACCUUCGCUUCCCCUCGGUCGAUGCUUCUUUCGCAAGCUAUCGGAACAGCGAUAGGUUGUGUCCUUGCACCUCUCACAUUCUUCCUUUUCUAUAAGGCUUUUGAUGUAGGGAAUCCAGAUGGUGAUUACAAAGCUCCAUAUGCCAUCAUUUAUAGAAACAUGGCGAUUCUAGGUGUGGAAGGCUUUUCUGCACUCCCUCACCAUUGCUUGCAGCUCUGUUGUGGGUUCUUUGCAUUUGCUGUAGCAACCAACUUGGUGAGAGAUUUGAACCCUAAAAACAUUGGUAGAUGGAUUCCACUUCCAAUGGCAAUGGCUGUACCCUUUGUAGUUGGUGGAUACUUUGCAAUUGACAUGUGUAUGGGUAGUUUAGUUGUGUAUGCAUGGCAAACACUUAAAAGCAAGGAGGCAAGUUUGAUGGUACCAGCAGCGGCUUCUGGUUUGAUUUGUGGAGAUGGAUUUUGGAUUCUCCCUUCAUCUAUUCUUGCUUUGUUUAAGGUUCAUCCCCCAAUCUGUAUGAGAUUCUUGCCAACCAAGUAGAACUUCACUUGCAAGAGAUGUAGUCAAAUUAUGUGUAUCACACAUAAUUUAGUUUAGGUGACAAAGGGAAAAUUAAGUAUGAAAAUGUUACAAAAGUGUUUGAACAGAUUAUUACCAACACACCUUGUGAUUGAUCUAAAUAAAAUAGCUUUGUUAGCCUUCUCAUAAA